AUGAAUAGCUUCGGCGACUCCCGGCCAAGGAGCCAAAGAAGUCCCGAUGGCGCCCAGAAACCUGCAGCCAGUGCUGAUCCUCAUGGAUCAAGAGUCCGACGCCGCAACAGGAUGAUUACAUCUUGUUUAGAGUGUCGACGCCGCAAGCUCAAAUGUGACCGGCUGCACCCAUGCACCAAUUGCUCUAAAGGUAACCGUGACUGUCUUUUCCUAGCUCCGUCACUUGACUCUACGACUCGAUUAAAACUAGCGGAGCUCAAGGAACGUAUGGGUACACUUGAGCGUUCUCUAGAGAGAGAGGUUUCACAAACUUCUCAUACAACGGAAGGCGAUUUACUUGCGGGAUCAAGAUCUCUAGGCUCGGAGUCGCCUGCACCGGUUCCAGAAGACGAGUAUUCGCUACAGCCUACGCGUCUGGCGCAAAUGGACGCCAUGUACGAAGAUGAGGCUGACGAUGUCAUGGUUGACUUGGGCAUCCAAGUAGGAAAUAUGCGAGUCACAGAUCGUUUGGGGGGUUUUGUACGGCCUAGAUUGGCGGAAGAGAUAGCUGCUGCAAUCAAGGUAGAGGCUCAGGAUUCAGGUCCGCAUGAUCCGGCGAAUCGCGAUAUUGAGGAAAAUGACGGAAGUGAGGUGUUAAGGUUACUCGAACUUGCGAACCAGGGAGUCCAACUACCCUUUUUGGCUCCCGGCCCAUCAUUCAUUGCCCCUCGCUCUGAUAUGUUACUGGGGUCGAGCUUGCAAGAUUAUGCUUUGCUUGAUCUGUUGCCCUCCAAACCGGCAGCGGAUAAACUUGUGGAACAGUACUGGGAGGCUUGUCAUCCGAUUGCUAGGAUUGCGCACCGCCAAACACUCGAAGCAAGAUAUAAGCUCCUAUGGGAUAACAUUGCUCAGGGAAUCGAACCGAUGCCGUCACUACAAGCUAUUAUAUUUGCUACACUUUUCACGGCAGUUGUCAGUAUGCCGGCCGAGAAGGUUUUGGGUUUAUUUGGUGUGGAGCAGCGCAACCUUAUUGAGAGGUUUCAGCUUGGCACAGAGUCGGCUCUUUCAAAGGCUCACUUUUUACGCUCCACAAAGACUGAAACUUUACAGGCUUUUGUGAUGUAUCUGAUCCCGAUGUGCCGUGAAACAAUAUCUAGAGCUCACUCCGCUCUGGUCGGAACGGCUAUCAGGCUUGCUGAGUGCAUGGGUCUACAUCGUGAUCCUUUGGAAUACAAUUGCCCACCAGUGGAAACUCAUAUACGCCGUUUGAUCUGGUAUCAACUGUGCUUUCUUGACCUGCGUACCGCAGAAGUGCAGGGUCCUCGUGUGUCCAUUCGCAGUGAUGAUUUUUCUACAAAAUUGCCUCUCAACGUCAAUGACGCUGAUCUCCUAGCCGGUCAUGGAAAAGGGUCCAGCGAGUGGACUGACAUGACGUUUGCGUGUAUACGAUUCGAGUGCCAGGAGAUCAUCCGUGAGGUAUUCAUCGACAGAGUACGCCUCGAGAAGAAAGAGUUGAGUGUCACCGGUGCAAUUGGGAAGACGGAAAUGGCCCGCAGAAAAAUGUACGAACGAUACGGCCCCAUCUUCAACAGACCAAACCUUACUCCCCUCCAACGUGCUGCAUCUGUGACCAUGUCAUUUAUGUUGCAUCGCUUACAUAUAAUACUGCUACAUAAAUUUUAUAACAGCUGGCAAGGCAAGAUGCCUGACCGCAUAGCUCAGCUCGUCAUUAAUACUGGCACUCAGCAGUUAGAGGAUGCUGUCACUCUUGAAACAUCCCCAGAUUUGCAACCAUGGGUGUGGUACAGCCGCGCCUACCAUAAUUUUCACACAGCUUUUCUACUUUUAAUCGACGUUGUCGCUCACCCUCUUCGUCGCGAAGCGGAUCGAAUCUGGCGAUGUUUGGACUACGUCUACGAGAUAAAAGAUGAAUAUCCACAAAACUUAACUAGGGGACAAAUUAUUGAGCAUCGGCGCAAAAAGGCCCAUAAGAUUAUGUGUCAGUUCCGUGACCGAAUGCGAAUAUAUAGGGCACUAAGAAGAAUGAGAACUUCCGCGGACGUCGAAGAAAUAGUGUUGCCUAACGGCAUAAAUUCUUCCCCCGAACCGUCCGAAUCUGCAGCGGGAGGGUUUGACCCAAUGGCCAGUUUCAAACUGGAGCCUCUUACUUUGUUACCAAGCGGAGAUUCUCAGAACAAGGCUCGUGCUUCCAUGUCUCGGUCUUCAUAUCCUCAAUUUCAGCAACUCGGGACUCCUCAAACGCUACAAUCUCAGAAUCAAAUCCAGAACUAUACACCAGCAGCCCAAAACCAAGGUAUUUCUCCGUUCGUCCCACCAGCCACUUCUGCUUUGGGGAAUAUGACUGGUCUCGACGGACUGCAAUCCUCCUGGCUCUCCGCUCCGUCUGAUGUUCUUACUGCACCGGCUCCGCAACCCAAUUGGAGAGUAUCUCCUGCAAGCUCUGAAGAUUUACCGAUGCCGGAGAUUGACUGGUCGGAAUGGGACAAAAUGUUCCCGCCUCACUUGAAUGACGGGAAUCUCGAUCUUUCGCCUCAAACAUUGUCGGGCACUAUGCAAUAUGAAAUGCAUCCAAAUGCGAUGUCUAUGUUUCCCUAUCCACAAUUCAACUCAAACCAGUUCGGGCCUCGACAAUAAUCGCUUCAAGGAAGUGUGACUUGCGUGAUGUACUGUAAGAUAUAUAUACAAUCAUUAGGAUAAAACGCUGGGUGUUACUUGGUUUUUUACGGGAGACAAGGGCACUCCUUAUGGGCUUUUCGUACAUUCAACUUAUAAUAGUAUGUGAUAGAUAUUAGGUAUAGAAUUCUACUGUGGUCAUGUC